UUUGCACUUCCUGUAUUUCUGUCCUGUAAAACUUCCAUCUUUACCUCAGACCGUAUAUUCUCACUUCUCAUCCACAGUUUAGUUAAGUGUGGCUCAGUCUCUCUCCUUACCUCCUCAGUCUCUCUCCUCUCCCCCCCAUGGAGCAGUUUAUCAGUGUCUGGGUUCGGGAUCCUCGGAUUCAGAAGAAGGACUUCUGGCAUGCCCACAUGGACUAUGAAAUCUGUAUACAUACCAACAGUCUCUGCUUCACUAAGAAGAUGUCCUGUGUGAGGAGAAGGUACCGUGACUUCGUAUGGCUCCGGCAGAAACUACAGGCUAACUCCCUACUCAUGGUCCAGCUGCCUGAACUACCACCUAAGAACCCUUUCUUUAGCCUGAACAACGCCCAGCAGAUCACAGACAGGAUGAAGGGCCUCCAGAAGUUCCUUGAACUGACCCUGGAGAGUAAUCUGCUCCUGUCAGACAGCUGUCUGCACCUCUUCCUGCAGUCGGAGCUGGGGGUGUCCCAGAUAGAGGCCUGCGCCUCAGGUAGAACCCAUUACUCUGUGUCCCAGGCCGUGCUGCGCUGUGGCUGCACACUGCAACGCUUCCACUCCCAGGAGGACCUGUUAGAGACCAGCCGCAAGGAGUCCUGUGACUCCGACUCUGUUAGUGGGUUUGUAGAGCCGGCGCCCAGCAGUAAAGAUGGAACUGCUUCCUCCCCCCCAGAGACCCUAGAUCUGUCUCUACCUGAUAGGACCAGACCUAACCACAACCAAGAAGAGACCCUAGCUCUGUCUCUACUUGAUAGGACCAGACCUAACCCCGACCAGGAAGAGACCCUAGAUCUGUCUCUACCUGAUAGGACCAGACCUAACCACAACCAGGAAGAGACCCUAGAUCUGUCUCUACCUGAUAGGACCAGACCUAACCACAACCAGGAAGAGACCCUAGAUCUGUCUCUACCUGAUAAGACCAGACCUAACCCCGACCAGGAAGAGACCCUAGCUCUGUCUCUACCUGAUAGGACCAGACCUAACCCCAACCAGGAAGAGACCCUAGCUCUGUCUCUACCUGAUAGGACCAGACCUAACCCCGACCAGGAAGAGACCCUAGAUCUGUCUCUACCUGAUAGGACCUGACCUAACCACAACCAGGAAGAGACCCCAGCUAUGUCUCUACCUGAUAGGACCAGACCUAACCACAACCAGGAAGAAGACACUCUCAGCAUGUCUGUCUCUCCAUGGGAACAUCACCACAACCAGGACAUCGUAGCUUACAAUAUUCUGCAUCCCAAAUGUCACCCGAUAGUGCACUACUUUGGACCAGAGCCCUAUGUAGGGAAUAGGGUGCUAUUUUGGACACUGUGUUUGCUCUCAUUUCAUCUUAAAAUAAUGUUCCCCUCCCACACAGCUUUUAAAACAAGGCUUCCACACAGCUUUUAAAACAAGGCUUCCACACAGCUUUUAAAACAAGGCUUCCACACAGCUUUUAAAACAAGGCUUCCACACAGCUUUUUGUCAUCCAUUUCUCCAAACUACUGUCACCAUAACUACCUUGUCUCUCUGCCAUCAAAGCGUUUUUUUUUACUUCUAUUUUAUUCCAGAGAAGAUGAUGAGGGAAUAUAUGUGUUUAUGUCUGUGUAGUUUUGUGAAAUAUUUGUAAAGUCCAAAAAUCUGAAAUAUGUAAAUAUUAGGAUACCUUCACUGUAAAUAAAGUCAGUUCUAAUGUU